GUGCUGACCGGACACUCUGGGGACAGGGGGAGGUUUCGGCUGUAUCCUUGCUGGCAGAUGACCCCCACACUUGGGGGGUAAGGAGAGCCAUGGCAGGAUUCAACCCACGGUACCCUAGGAGUACACAGGAGACCACCCUACCCUCACCUGAGGGAUGUGUGUGUGCAAGGGUUGGGUCAGGGCAGACUCUUCAGAAGAGGGGAGGUUUGUGCGGCAGGCACUUUGAUUCUGCACAGCUUACAGUCCAGAGAGCCGAAGAACAAGAGGAACUAGAUUCCCAUUCUCAGUCUGUUGAUUUCCACACCACAUUUGGAGUCUGAUCAACUCCACAGCUGUGUUGCAGCCGCUAACGCUGCCUCUGCUCUGUUUGCCUCUAGAUUCUUCUUAUCUGUUAAAUAAAGUGAGGCUGAUGGAGAUGUAAUUUAGGGCGGGGGUGGAUUGCAAGUGUCUCUGUGAUAGGGCAAAGCGCCUCCCGGUGGAGGCGCAGAAGCUAAACUCGACUGGUAGCUGUGAGGCAAGGGACGCCAGGGCAGCUCCUGUGGACUGUGUUAGAACUUUUCAGGGUGGCUUUGCCCUGCCAGGGGCCUGGAUCUCACAGGGGGACGUCGUGUUAGGACCAAGCUGACUGUCCCAUCACAGAAUAAUAUCUGCAGCUCAGCAUGGGGAGCAUAAGCAAAGUACGUUGUCGUGAGUUUAAAGAGGCCUGGCUUUGGAGUCUGACAGAACCCGCGUGUGAGUCCCAGAUCCAGCCUUUUCUGCCUCAGUGCCCUGACCUCUUUCAGCUUGGUUCCUUAUCUGUAGAUAGGAGUUUGAUACUUACCUCUCUGGGUCUUUGGGAAAUCAACACUGUACAUGAGUAGCACACAGUAGGUCCUCAACAACCAGGCUCCAGGGAGAGCCAUUCACACUGUGCCAUGUUAGAGGCACAUCAGUGUGCAGGCCAGCGUGCCAGGACAGUGGGAGUCCAGUCUACCCUCCAGCCAGGGUUUGGGCUUGGGCUGAUGGUGGCAGGACCAGGGCCAUUUCCAUCUUUUCUCUUUUAUUGUCCAUAUGUCCAAAGCAGACACUUCCAUUCAUAUUCAGGUGUGCAAUGCUAGGAGCUGAAAUAACAGGCUGUAGUGAAUGAAGCGAAGCCUCACAGUUCACUCUAUGGCAGGAAGAACCAGCUGUGAGGCAGGUCCUCAGCCCACAUCACUUCAUGGUACUGAACCUGGGGCCACAAUUCCAAACUCCAUGUUCACACAUGAUGAGUCUAUAGGAAUGAAGGAGAGAUCUAUGUUGUGUAUCUUUAUUAUUAUGUUUUAUUGUAUAUAUUUAAGGUAUAAAACAUGUUGUUAUACACACACACAGUGAAAUAAUUGCUACAGUCAGGCAAAUGAACCUGUCACCUUCCUCAAGUUACCUUCCUGCAUCCUAUUUUUGCAAGUAAACUUUUCCUAAAAACCCUACUCUCACGUGACAUUCCAGUUGGUUGGCCCAUUGGGGGAAUUUUCAUGAAUCUCCAUCAUGUGCUAUUCAGUAAAAAUAUCAAACCCACUAAGCAUGCCUUUUCAUCCAGUUGCUCCCUAGGUAAAGUAUAAUUUGCUCUCCUUCACUUGAGAGCUGAAGGUAAGGAGCAAUCAGGCAGCGGUUGCUGGAGCAAGUGCAGGCCAGACAGAGGGAAGGGCGGUUGUGAGGCGGCAGACACGAGAGAGAGACAGCGAGAGAGCGAGCGUGCACGCUAGAGAGAGAGAGGCCUGGUAGUAGCUGGGGCCUGAUACCCCUAAUCCAGGAGGCUGGACUUUAUCCUAAGGGCAGCUGGCAGCCCUAGUAGAAUUUGAAAAGGUUUGACAUGACCAGAUUAGCAGUCAAGAAAGGUGCCCCACUCACUGGGACAGAGAAUGCGUGGGAAGGGGUCAAGACUGGCAGCAAGAUGAGCUAUGAAUUGUUGGUGGUCAUCGAGGAGGGAGAUGAGGGUGACUGGACUAGGGAACUUCCUGUGGUGAUGGAGAGGAGUCAGUGUCAAGGUCUCACUUAGAAAAACUUGGGAGGUCUAACUGGCCAGGCUCGGUCAACUGUGGGGGUGGUAAGAGGCAGCAAUCAAGGAUGGCUUUCAAGAUCUUUGGCCCAAGCUGCUGGGUACAGGGUGGUGCCUGUCACUGAGUCAGGCAGCACAGGAGGAGGGGCAGGCGUGCUGAGAGUGGGGAUGGGUGCGUUCACUUUGGGACAUGCUGAGCAGUACUUGCUAUGGGACUCAACGACUUAUGACUUGAAGACUUCGCAGAGCUGACCUAACCUCCCUGUGCUUACCGUGCCUCAUCUGUAAUAGGAGAAUAAGAAUAAUUAGAACAAAUAACUAAUUAGUUUCAUUUGUUGAGUCUAGGAGAAUGUUCUCCUUUUAUACUGCAGAGUGGUAUUUUCUUGUCAGGUCUUCCCAGGUAAAAUGGGAAUGUCUCGACUUGCCCAUACAGUGGCUUGAUUUUACCUGUCUGCUUUGGGUAUCACCACCAUUCGGCAUGUAUUGCCAAUACUAAACAAAUAAGUAAAUACAUAAAUUCAAAGUAACAGGUGUUUAUUAUCACGUGUGUGCUGUAAUAGCCCAUCAGCCUGUCCCUCAGACAAAUAAACUCUCUUUAAAUCUUCUAAACUUCCUCUUGAAGCCCACCUCUCCCUCCAGGGGCUGGGUAGGGCGUUUGGGACCCAGGAUCUCUAACACUCUCUUCUCUGGGAAGCCAUCUCCCACUGCCCAGGAUGCUGGAUGGGAGGUGAGUGCAACGGGCCUGUGGGGUUGUCAGUUGGCGGAAGAAAUCUGUAGAUCCAGGGAGAGAAUCGAGCCACAUGUGUGGAUUUGGAAAUGACAGUGUAUGGCUGCACAGCACGAAGGGGAUGAAGUCACAGACACCUGGAUUUAAAUCGAGACUCCACCAUUUAUUUCUUGUAUGACUUUGGGGAGGUUACUUAAUCUCUUUGUGGCUCAGUUACUUCAUUUGUAAAAUGAAAUGAUAAUAUUCUGGGAGAAUGGUUCAUGUUUCCUUCCUUCAUAAACUGCUGUUCACGAGGCGGCUUCUUCCAGGGUUAAAAAGGAAUCUACUAUCCAUGUAUCUGCUAGGACAGACAUUGUUGCGUGUCACUUGACUCCUGAAAUACGCCACGGUAAAGAAAUCUCUGUACACUUUCGUGUUCUGGGAAGUCACUGACCACACAGGACCAAUUAUUCUCCAUGAGACUUAGAUAAGGGAUGCUGUCUGCCCACUCUGUGCCGUGACUCCCAGAUGGCAGACACCACCAGUCCUUGUUCUUUUGUCUCAUGAAUGUGUUGUAACCAAGCGAGUUAUAGAGAAACGCCACACUUUUGAGACAAAUUAAGGGGACCUUUAUUAGCUGGCGACCUACAGGCAGCUAACGCUCAAAAUUCUCUCGGCCCCAAGGAAGGGGCUAGUUUUGUUUUUAUACCGUGGUCUAAACAGGGGAGGGGGGAGUUUAGCUGAAACAAUUUUACAGAAGCAGAAUAGGCCAAAAGUUAAAAAAAAAAUAAUUGGUUAUAGAAGCAGUUACAAAAAAAUAAACAUUUCCAGGUGCAGGGGCUUAAACUAUGAUUAAGAGAUAAAUGCAGGGGCUUUUAGGUACCUUCCACCGAGCACAUUCCCGAGCUGUUGGUACAGCCUGCCUCAAUAUCUUACCAGCAGGUGUAUUCUUGGAUGUGCUUGGAGUCAGCUUGCACUAGUUAUUCCCUUAAGGGGGAUAAAGGGGGCUGCAAGUGAAGAAACUAAAAUGGAGUCUGUCCGGCUCUCUCUGCUAGGAAAGAGUCACUCAGGUUAAAACAAGGUAGGGUAUCACAAAUGAUUCACUUAGACGGGAAGUCUGUCCUCCUAAAAGUAGCUACGCACAGAGAGAAACAUUCCCUGUUCAGCUGGCUGAGACUUCCGCUGAUUAAAAAAAAAAAAAAAAAAAAACCCUGCCCCAUAAAUCUCCCCACUGAAACCGGUGUACUCCUUCCUAUGAAAGUAAAAGACACCCCCGCCACCCCCCGGUUACCCCAACAGUGUGAUUUCCACUUCUGGGGCGCUCUCCCUAAGGCAGUAGCCUGAAUAAUUUCAAUGUAUUGGAUUGUUUGGUUUCUGUCUUUACCAAGGUGCAUUUAUCAUUCAUGCAAAAACAGUAAAAAAAAAAAAAAAAAAAAUGAAACAGCACGUGUCGGUUCUCAGCGGCGCGUCCUAGCUCAAAACUCCCAGCCAAUCACAGGAGAAGUCGGCCGCCUCCCAACCCUCCAGCCCAGUUCCCACGUCCCUCGCCCGGGAAGUCACGUCCGCUACAGGGAGUGUCUUCCCAUGGCCUCCGGAAGCAUUCGGCAGUCCACAAGCCACGCUUCAGAGAAGCCGCUCCGGGAACGCCGCGGCGCACCUCCGGAAGGGAUGACCUCCACGCCUUCUCCCCUCGCAGUCCACCCGAGCGGCGUGGGUCGCGAGAAGCCACCCAACCGCUCCGUCUUCCGGCUCCGGCGGUCCGCGGCAGCCAAUCAAAGGUUCAGUUUCUCAGCGGCGUCGCAUCCCUGUGACGUGAGCACAUCCUCGCCGACGCCCCCUUCCGCGCUGCGGCACCUCUAGCCCGCCGGAGGGCGGCUCCUCUCGAUGGUCUUAACCCUUCAAUUACGAGCGGGCGGCGCUGCGUUUCCAGGGCAGAGGAAACGAGGCGCCGCGUUGGCGCUUGGACGGCGGGAACCGGCUCCGGAGCGAGAACGCGCGUGAGAGAGCCCGAGAGAGACGGAGAGCGAGCGAGCGCGCGGGAGAGACUGAGAGCGGGGGGGUGGGAGAGAGACUUCCAGAGAGACAGAGCGAGAGGCCGAGACCGAGGCUGUCCCUAGCACAGGCCAGGGUGUCUUGGGACUCGAAUCCCUGGGUUGGGCUGGCCGGGAGUGGGGCUUUCGAAGGAAGCGGGUGAUUUUCCACGUCGUCCAUAUCUCCCCGGUGUGGGAAUGGCGGUCGUGCACUCUGGGGGUGGCGUUGUUCUCGUUCCCUACUUGGGGGUGGCCUUUUUCAGCGGAGAAAGAGGAUGCCGCGGGCAUUGGUAGCCGGCGGGACUACACUUGGGCUAGGAUCAGUGUUCAGCGGGUUCAGAAAUCACCGUGUCCUUGGCAUCACCUCCCUCCCCACCUCCUCUCCCAUCGCACAGCAGGAGACAGUGACUGGAGGGUUUUCAAGGAGGACUGCAUUGCCCCUAUUGAAACAAACCGUCCGACAAACCCUUUCUCCGACGUGUGACAGAGGGACGGUCGUAAUGUGAAAUACGACUAGACAUGCGUUUAAUGGGCGGUGUGAUUGCUGCAUUCGUGCGCAAUGAAUGGUCCAGGCCAUUUGUGUCCAGUAGCCGCACAAGCUGCAGGGUCUCAUGUUUAGAGAAGGAGGGCCUCUCCGCCGUCCACCUUGCUGGAGUACAGGCGACCCUGGGCGGUAGCCCUCUCCGCCAUCAGAAAUGUGGUGCUCUGAGUAGCCACAGAUUCCCAUCUGCAUUUCCAAUACCAUUUCCCUCUACUCACUGACCCGUUGGGUGCGUUGGAUUUGUGCGUGGGUGUGAGGGUAGUUUGGUGUGUUUGCUUGCAAAUGGAAAAGCGAAUGGCCUUGGUUGGCUGAGCUUAUCAGGGCACUAGCAGUGGAGAGAGAAAGGACUACUGUAUUCUUAGGAGCAGAAUCUCAACAACUUCCUAUAAAACGGGCAGUGUGUCUUACCUGGAAUGCUUUGGCAUUUAAUAAAAUGUCCUGUGAAUACUUUUCAUAGGGAAGCACUGUUUUUACUGUUUCUGGUUGGACAGUGGUUACAUUUCAAAUCGUAGUUCAGAAUUCGUGAAAUACCCAAAUUAAAUCUCUACGUGGCAGUAAUCCAUUUUCUUUCCUUGGUGUGUGGUUGGAAGAUUAAUUUGAGAUAAGUGUUCAGUUCUGGGCUGGGCAAUCGUGCCGGGCACGGGGAAUUCAGGUUCUUUAAGGGAAAGGCCUGAUGUGCUAAAACGAAAUCUAUACCGUGUGUAGCCGCUUAUGAGAAUAUGAAACUAAGGAGAGCCACAGGUAAGUAUAUGUCUAUGAAUGCGAAUUAAAACGGGUGACAAUAUAAAGAGAGAUUGGUGUCACAAAUGGUGGAGUGACUUUUGUAUUUCAGCAGACCUCAGUGAGAAAUGGUCACCACCACUCCCUAGAUGUGUGACCUUGAGUGAGUUGCUUAACCUCUCUGAUCCUGUUACCUCAUCUGCAACUGGGGAUGAGAAUAUAUAUCAUAGCAUGCCCUGGGAGAAGCUGUUCCUGACCACCUGGGCUAUGGUGAUUUUGACUUCCUCUGUGUCAGAAGUACCCCCGUCUCAUGCCUGCCAUAGUUGUCUUUUUGUUUUGUUUUGUGAUUUCAGAUGGACUCACCCUGUCACCCAGGUUGGACUGCACUGGCCUCAACCUCCUGAGUUCAAGUGAUCGUCCCACCUCAGCCUCCCCAGUAGCUGGGACCAUAGCUGUGCAGCAUCAUGCCUGGCUAAUUUUUUAAGUUUUUUGUUGAGAUGGUGGUCUCGCCCUGUUGCUCAGGCUGGCCUCAAACUCCUGGGCUGAAGCAGUCCUCCCACCUCAGCCUCCCAAAGUGCUUGGAUUAGAGGCGUGAGCCACCAUUCCUGGCUCCUUGGACAAUAUUUUAUUCCUCAGAUUAAGACACGUCCUUGGGAUGGGGCUGCAUUGGAUAAUUCACCGAAGGCACCGCUGAAUGGAGUGGGCCCUCAGUAAAUACCUGGAGGAAUGUGACCUGGCCAGUGAGGUUAUUUUCUUUUGUAGGUGAAAGGUGUAGCAGUCACUCGGCCUACACCCACAGCAUCGACCUUGUGAACCCAGCGACCUGACUGCCUUGGUCUGGGUUCUGCCCGCACACAUUCCUCGCCACCUUCUUGGUGUCUGAGAACCUCCAGCUUCACCUCCUUUUCUGGACCCGAGGGCCUGGCGGAGCUUCCAGCUGGGACCAGACCUCCAUGGAUCCACUCCAGAAACGGAAUCCAGCAUCGCCUUCCAAAUCUUCCCCGAUGACAGCUGCAGAGACUUCCCAGGAAGGUCCAGCGCCCUCUCAGCCUUCGUACUCAGAACAGCCGAUGAUGGGCCUCAGUAACCUGAGCCCCGGUCCUGGCCCCAGCCAGGCCGUGCCUCUCCCAGAGGGGCUGCUCCGCCAGCGGUACAGAGAGGAGAAGACCCUGGAAGAGCGGCGGUGGGAGAGGCUGGAGUUCCUUCAGAGGAAGAAAGCAUUCCUGCGGCAUGUGAGGAGGAGACACCGCGAUCACAUGGCCCCCUAUGCUGUUGGGAGGGAAGCCAGAAUCUCCCCGUUAGGUGACAGAAGUCAGAAUCGAUUCCGAUGUGAAUGUCGAUACUGCCAGAGCCGCAGGCCGAAUCUUUCUGGGAUCCCUGGGGAGAGUAACAGGGCCCCACAUCCCUCCUCCUGGGAGACGCUGGUGCAGGGCCUCAGUGGCUUGACUCUCAGCCUAGGCACCAACCAGCCCGGGCCUCUGCCUGAAGCGGCACUCCAGCCACAGGAGACAGAGGAGAAGCGCCAGCGAGAGAGGCAGCAGGAGAGCAAAAUAAUGUUUCAGAGGCUGCUCAAGCAGUGGUUAGAGGAAAACUGAGACGUGCACCCCCAUGGGAUGGAGACCCGAAGGGGCUCAGGCGGUGCCGCCGUGUUGGCAGCGCCUGGGUGUGGGCCCAUUUUGGGGACCAAACAGCAAGCUGUGGUCGGAUGAGUGCCAGGACCUGUGUACCGGGACACGUGGGAAUCCUCCCAGCAUGAUGCUUGACCGACCCGAGGAAGGUCCUCAUGUUUCGUGCCUGUCAUUCUCGGAUGGCUGUGAGGCAUUCCUUGGCAAGGGACGCUGCGUACCAGCGGUCCUCGCCGCAUCUCACAUGGCUCCUGUGAUGCAUGUUGUCGCUUUCCCACCCGGGAUCUCCAUCUCUCUUCCCUUCCUGCUGUCAGUAAGAGAUCACAUGUCUGUGUAGUGUGAAUGCCUUGUCGCUGUCCUGUGCUUUUGCACCAUUGAGUUGACUGCCUCUGAGAAGCAGCACUAGGCCUGUUGAAAUGCAGUGUGCUGCCCUGAGAUCCAGUUUCAAGAAUGGGCAGGUAAACGCAGUGUGGGAAAGGAAUGUGGAAUGAGAACUUGGUGGUUCACCGCUGUACUAUUUGUGUAAAUGUUUACGUAUGUGAUAAGCUACAUGUAUGUAAAUGUUGCAAUACCCCUAACAGUCGAGUAGUAGUCUCCCUUACAGGAAUUUUUGACGGGGUUCCUCAUCAUCAAUACCAAAUAAAUAUAUGUAGGAAUGGAAAA